CUCCUCUCAGCACUUAGAGAGUGUCGCUUCAAUCUUGCUGGCACCAUUGGAUAAUAUGCCAGAAAGAAAUUAUUCGGUCGACCUUACCUUGGAAGUUGCUCACCCUGUGAAUCGAUCAAACACGUCCGAAAAAGCGCGCGAGGCACUAGCCUGCAUCUUAUGAGGUAGAAUGGCUCAAUCUAGGACUAUUCUUUCUCUCUGGGUGACGAGAAGGUGAGGAAUCUUCUCUAUAAGAAGCCGGUGGGAUACGCUGUCGGCUAUGUAAUAGAUUUAUCGAUCUGUAUAAGCCAUCAUGCAACAAACGAACAGCAAUAAUUGGCUUGAGAUCAAGUCCUGCGAGAGCGGACAGCUUACAGUUCUAGAUCAUGGCCGUCUUGAAAGCCUGGUGGCUGAGCUAGCUGAUAGCGUUGACCAGUGCCCAUCUUUAAGUGUUUUUCUUGGAACCAGAUCUAAAGAAGCCUGUCUUCGGCAACUGUAUCCGCACAAUAACAUCAACCGUCGCGUCUCAAAGACUAGUGUCAGAUUACGCUGUGAUGUGAAUACACUAAGAAUGUCGCGUCCUGCAUUUUUCGCGGAUGGCGACCUGACAUACAAGCAUUCCCUUUCCUCUUUAGGGAAACAAACAGCCAGUAUGGAGCAGCCCAUCACCUGGCAAGCUCACUCUUCCGAAAAAGUACUGCAAAUCAUAUAUGCUCGCUUGCUAUUUCUCUUUGCAGAUGUAGUUUGCAUAUUCGCAGCUGAUUUUGCAGACUAUUCCCACAUGGCUGACUUCCUGAUUUCCAUACACCGCGCACGUUCGGCGUCAUUACUUCCAGCGUCAAUAAGGCCCCGAGUGGUCAUUGUGCUUCCCACGAAUUCGGUAGACAACAAAAUGGACGAAAUGGAAGUUGAACAACUUCAAUGUAGGUUGAACAUGUGCGAAAGUGGGCCAAUGUCAGCAUCUUUUUCUGCGAUUCACAUAGUCCGAUUA